AUGGACGACUUUUUAACACCCAUCAGCACCACCUACACGAACCCGAGGCUGCAACCUGCCUCAAGCGGCUCGUUAAGCGCCCACAAUUCCCAAGAGGGCCGAAGAUCAGAUGGAUUCGGAAUCGCAAACCCCACUGAGGCACUGGGGAUCCUCAAAUCCCAACCAGACUACGACACCCUCAUCCGUACUCUACGAUACUUAGCCGAUCCGACGAGCGGUGUCAGUCUAUAUAACCCAGACGCCGUGGGAUCACGGAUCGUCGUUACUCUUGUGAAUGAGACUGCUCCGAACUACUGGCCCCUCCUCCGCGAAGGUUCGGCUCAAGAGAGCGAGUACAGCGGCUCUAGUUCCCACGAGAUCCCCGAUCUUGCACUCCUUUUGACAUGCAUACGUAACCUUACGGGAAUUAAUACCAUCACACUUCAACUACGAGCUCUCACCAAGGAGAUAAAUUCCAAUGCCAGAGGUCCGAAGCGGCCCGAUCUUGAACUCAACACGGGAAUAUAUCUGGAUACCCUGUCGGCUGUCCUCGAUGGGGACGAUACCCUGAGAUCGAUAUGGCUCGGGACUAUCAGUGACCCAAAAACUACUCCUGGCCAACGGCAGACCAUCUCACGCGAGAUCAUCUCCACUUUUGCUCGCGGAGGCUUGGUCUCGUAUGCCGCGGAAGCGGAUAUCUUAAUGGGAAACAAGGGAUCAUCAGUACAUUGGGUUUCGGAUGGAAAACUGUACACGCAGUGGCUUGCUCGAUCCAUCGCUAGUUGGUUGAGGAAGGCUCCCCCAGAAGAAGAAUGCGAUUUUUGUGCUCAAGUCCUUGUGGGCUCUUGGAGCCUCGGAUAUGCCGAUCAACUCCAUCGAGAGCUGUUCGACUCCCUCCUAUUACGCGAAGAUGCGGAUCCUGAUACGUUAUCACGAUUCAUCCUCGCACUUCUACCGAGGGAGCGGGUCAGGCUAUCUUAUGCCGUUUUGGACUAUCUCUCAACGGCUGUGCUAGAGAAGGUCGAGUCAUCGGAUCCUUCUCUCCAUGCUUCCAUCAUCUCCGCGACUAUCUCCAUAUUGCGUCGCGUGUUGCCUGAGGAGGCCUUGAACAAAUCCUCUCUCAUCCACUGGCUCAUCCCCGAAUCUGUUAGGUCCGCUCCCGAAUCCAACGUGUGGAUGCGACGAGCCAUUCUCGCGUCUUACUCCGAUGACCGCCAGUUUCUUGUCAACCUCAUAGACAAGGGGCUGCGGCUGUUUGGUGACAGUAUCUACAUCGGACAUGCUCCGAUGAUCCACCAACAAGCUCUCGCCCAAACCAUCCUUUUGAGUUCGGCCUAUCUUCGCCGUCUCGAUAACUCAGAGUUAAGAAUUAUAACGAAGUCUUCCCCUUACAUCAGUAUGGUUUCUUCUAGGCUGGCUUCUCCUAGCACUGGAGCUAGGUUCCUUGGUAUGGUCGUUGGUGAAGCCAUCUCCUCAACGGUCCCCACCCCUGCAGGGAGCCUCCGCUUUGAGAUGCCUGAAAUGGAGAGCGAUGAGGCGAACUGGUAUAAGAGUCUUACGACUGUCCAAGACGAGCCUGGACCGAUCCAGCCCCUCUUGAAGCCCUCGCUUGUGACAGAACCAACUGCAACAAAAGGGCCAGCAACGUCAGCUCCUCCAAGAUCUAAAAAGUCGAAACCGGUAAAGGUCAUUCCGGAAAAGCCAAGGCUGAUCAUUGAGGAAAUCGACACCGAUAAUGACGAUGAUAUUGUUCCUUACGCAAAACCUGACUCUGAUGCCGAAGAUUCUGAGGAGGACCCAACACUCGUCCGACGUGACAAACCCAAGGCACCGGUGUACAUCCGCACCCUCAUCGAAUACCUACGGGACACCGAAAACUACGACAAGCAGAAGCUUGCGUUGAAAACGGCGCCGUCUCUUAUCCGCCGAAAGGGAAAGUUCGGGACCGAAGUCAGCGACCAUGCCGACGAGUUGGCGACUCUACUCGUGGGCCUCCACGACAAAUUUGACCUGGAAGAUUUUCACGAGCUUCGUCUCGAAGGCAUGGUAGCCCUUCUCGUUGUGCAACCCCAGAAAAUGGGUCCGUGGUUCAUCAAAAGUUUCUUCCAGGGCGAUUUCUCCCUUUCGCAGAGAGCAGCUAUCUUGGCUGCGCUCGGCCUUGCCGCUAGGGAGCUUGCCGGGUAUGGAACGUCUGAACAUGCGGUGGGCACCUCAUUCCCUUCCAAGAAGCUUUCCGAAAAGAUGGAGCAACUAUUCCUAGGACCUAGUGGCUCUGGUGGAAACAACCUCGUCCCAGGUUCGACAUUGAAGGCCUUGCCUCCCACCGCCUUGGACGACAUCACCAAAUCCAUGACCAAGUCGUUCCUCGGCCCCAUGGCCGCGGAGGCCGCAGACAAAUUCACAGGCCCCGACGCCCUCAAACUCGCCACUUUCAAAAGCAAAGCCCGCCCCCGCCCAGCCGUCCGCAUAAUCCCCAACACGACCGCCAACCUCAUCCUCUCCUCCUUCUUCGCGCCCCUCGUCGACCGCUACCGCUAUGCCCUCAACGCCUCCUCGGCGCGCAUCUCCACCGUCCUCACGGAACCCUAUGUCCUCGCGACCUUUCUCAAGGCCGUCGCCGUGCUCGUCCACGCCGCGGGGCCCUCGACCCUCGCGCUCGACGAUAUGACCGAGCAGUCGUGGAGCGUGGUGCUGGCUCUCCGAGCGCACAUGGUGGGGAAGUUGCCCGUCACGGCCGCAGGUAUUACGGUUCUUGCGACGCUGCUGGAGGUUAACGAGAAUAGGACUAGGCACCUCGUGCAGAGGAUGGGAAGGAAGAUCACUGAUACUGUGGAUUGGCUGGAUCGGCUUUUGCAGGUUACGAGGGGCGGGGAUAAGGAGGAGGAUGAGGUGAGGAUGUUGGCGGCUGGCGUGCUUAUUCGGCUGCACGAGAUUGUGGAGGAGCAUCAGGCGGCGCUUAUGGGGUAUUUGAUUUGA